GGAGUAUUCCGAUUGUAGCAGGUGCGCUCGUACAAUUUUCCAAAUUUAGUAACACUUAAUUGGAAGUGACGUCACUAGAAGCCAUAUUACACAAAUUGAACCGACUGACUGGGAAGUGAGUGAUAAAUUUGACAGGUCUGAGUUUGAAAGGUCUAUCAGGCUCUUUAGCCAUCUAGAAAAUGAGAGAGUACAAAUUAGUCGUUCUAGGCAGUGGUGGUGUUGGCAAGUCAGCAUUGACGGUACAGUUUGUUCAGGGUAUAUUUGUAGAGAAAUAUGAUCCAACAAUUGAAGACAGCUACAGAAAGCAAGUGGAGGUAGAUGGGCAGCAGUGUAUGUUAGAAAUCCUCGACACAGCUGGAACGGAACAAUUCACUGCCAUGAGAGAUCUAUAUAUGAAGAAUGGUCAAGGAUUUUUGUUGGUGUAUUCAAUAACAGCUCAGUCAACUUUCAACGAUUUGCAAGAUUUACGGGAACAGAUUCUACGUGUCAAAGAUACUGAUGAGGUGCCAAUGAUUUUAGUUGGGAACAAAUGUGAUUUGGAAGAUGAAAGAGUUGUAGGCAAGGACCAGGGUGCAAAUCUAGCAAGAAGCUUUAACAGCGACAUGUGUGGUUUCUUAGAAACAUCUGCUAAAGCCAAAAUUAAUGUGAAUGAGAUAUUUUUCGAUUUGGUGCGAAUGAUCAAUAAAAAGAAUCCAGAGACAAACAAGAAGAGUAAAAAGAAGAAGGGAGGCUGUGUAUUGGUAUGAGGAUAUAGUCAGAGCUUUUGUUAUACUCUAUGUUAUCUAGUAUAUACUUGGUCUCCAAUAUACAGACUCCAGCUUCAGGCCUUCCUUGACUACAGUGUUCAUUUAGCCGUAGACAUUGGACUGGAUAUUUACAAUAAUCAGUAAUGGUGCAUGUUUGACGGUAUAUUAACAACAAACAGCAAUAGUGUAUUAUAGAGAAUUCUCAACAGCCACUGAUGUUACAGAAAAAUUACACAGUUAUUGGUGAUUAAAGUCAAUUGAUCUUCGAAAAAAGUUACGAGUAUUCUGGAAUAGAAUGAGAAUAAUGGCGGCAACAUUUCGUCAGUCACUUUUCUUAACAAAUCAAAGUGUUUGUUGCCUUCAGAAGGUUCCUUAGAUUUGCUAUGCAUUGUCUAUUGUACUUUCUUUACCUGAGGCUAAAUAUAUGUAGAUUUAUUUAUUUUACUUUUCUAGCUCUGAAGUUAUAAAUAAGAUAAAAAUUGAAUUUGUUUAUAAAAUUAUUCAAAAAUGGUAUAUUCAAAAGCUAGAAUGAAACACAUUGUCCUGAGAAUAAGACGGAUUCUGUUUACAACAGGUCUUUAGCACAGUUUUGUCUGUAUUUGAACUUUCAAGUUAGAUUAAAAUUUACCAAACACAGUGUGAAAGAACUGUUUCUUAGUUACGUGUACAUAUGUUACAAACGAUUGUAACUUGCUCUGUAGAGUUUUAACAUUUAUAUGAUAUAAAACCAUUAUGCAGUUUAAAUGAAUAGUUUUAGUCAUGAAUGAAAAAUGUCAUCAAACUGAUGAGCAAUAUUUCAAUAACUUAGGGAAACUUCAUGUCGUCGAAUGUGUAUCUCAUGUGAAGAAGAAAGCUCAUACAGAAUACAAUUUUGCUCUGGUCAGCCUCUAGCUUGACCUUUCUGCCCUUGAUUAAAGUACUAAUUUGUGGCCAUUGCUUUUUUCAGAUGGAGUCUAGUAAGAAAAAAGUUUCACUUUAAGACUUUUUUCACAAUAGUUGUUAAAGGCAUAGAUAGAUAUUGCGUGGAAUUGGGUAGAAAAAUAGAAUUGUUUCCCUUGAUUAAUUUAUAUUGUUCAUUAUAAAUAAGAAAAAAUGGACAGGCUUUAUAUUAAGACUUUUUUGCAGUGUAUUUAGGUGUAACAGUACUAGAAAGACUACUAUUACUAAAAAGAUAUUUUUUACUAUUUUUUAGCAAACCUUGUGAUUUUGUACGCUUUUCAGAGAAUGAUUUCUGAAACAUCAGCUUAGGUUUGGCAAUGGUUUUAUUUUUGCUGUCAUAUGAGAAUUUUUUGAACAGGCAUGGAUUUUUAAAAGCAGUAUUUAUAAAAUAUAAUUAACAUUAAGGUGUAUUAUCCUGGGAAUAAGCCCAAGGCAGUGAAUGUCAAACUGCGAAGUAAAUGCAAUAUGAAAUAGCACAAUGGAAGGCUUUGCUUGUAGAAAAGUUUAGUUAAAAAUUGUUAAAAGGAUCUUUCAUCCAUCUUGGAAAUUGCUCCCAACAUGAGUUUGAGUUUGAUUAAGGGAAACAAUAAUAAUUUUAAUCCAUUUUGAAGGUUGCUGUUAAUAUACGAUUAUAAUUAUUUUAUAGGCACAGAUAAUCUGUUUGCAUUCAUUCAUAUGCAUGUUUUGUCAAUAAAGGUUUUAUAUAUAUUAUAUUGUCUUUUUCAUGUCAUAGAUGUUGCUUUUUAAGCCUUGAGAUUGUAAAAAUAUGUUCACAUCAAAAAAGACCAUAUUGCAUAAAUGUUUCCUUUUUUCUUUUAUUUGAGAGUCUUGUGUUAAAAAUAUUAACGAAGAAAUAUUUAUGAUCAUUUAAUUCCUAUAAAGAAAUGAAACAUUCACCUAAAAGUAAACAUUCAUUUAACUGACAAAUCAGUUUUUUUCACAAACUUUUAAGAUAAAUGUUAAAAGUUCGUGGAUUUUAUGAAUUAUGCGUUAUGAAACAGAGUUAAGAAACAUUUCGCCAUGUGGUCUUUCUUAAUGUGUAAACACAUGAACAUAAACCUGGUUGAUCUGAGUAUUUUCUACAUUUUCUUUUCAUUUAUUAUGAAAUCAUUAACAUUUGUCUGAGAAUAAUUUUUAUGAUUUUCGGUAUGUAAUUAAUCCACAAAGGUGAAUCCCAACUUUCAGGUACCUUGUCUUUUAAGUUUGAAAUCCACAAGUUCAUGCCCUCCCUCCAUGUGAAAUAGCUGUUGCAGCCAAACCAGGAAAUUUCAGCCCAGAUAUUAAAGUUUUCUUUGCUUUUAAAAUUAUUUUAAAUGAGUAGACAUGAAAUACUACUGUUAGUUUUCCUUAAAAAAGUAUUUGUACAUGUACUGGUACUGAUGAUAAACCCGGACAGAUGAUAAAGUUGACCACCUUGGAAAUAUUUGACUGCAAGCGGUCAUUUAUAAAAUUGAACACACCAUCUAAUAGUUUCCACUUACCACACCAACUGGUGUAAACAAAAACAAAUUUGGUAAAUAUUCUGUAUAAAUAAAUGACUUACAUUUAUUUGUAUACAAAAUAUUUAUCCAAAAUUACUGGGGAAGAGGGUGUUUUUUGCGCAUGCUCACUGCCGAAACAUGAAGGCCUGACAUUGGGUCACUUUUCAUUACAGUGUAACUUCUGAAAACCGGACCUUCUAAAACCCGGAAACCUUUGAAAACCGCACGAAACUCAAAGUCCCGUUUUUUUCCUUCUUAUUUCUAUAUAUUUUUAACUUCCGAAAACCGGAACUUCCGAAUUCUGAAAACCGGACGAUUUUUGAAGGACCGUUUAUAUUAUAACACUAAAAUUGACUUCCGAAAACCGAACAGCAAAAUAUUUGCCGGUCUGUCUUUAACAUGUUUUAACCCCAAAACGCCCGUUGCAAGUUGUCAACAUGUUCUUUUGUUUAUCUAUUAGCGGCACGCGUUUGUUUUGAUACACAUUAUAAUCACAAUGAUCAUUUGAUGCAAAAGUAAAGAAUUAAUCAGAGAUUACUUUAAUUUGUUUUCAAUAUAUGAAAAAAUGAUUUAUUAAAUGUCUUCCGUGUGGAAUACUUUUGUAAUGUUUGAAUGAAAGAAAGAUAGAUGUUUUAAUGAUUAGUUACAUCGAUUAAACUACGCUUUAUCAACAUCCAUUACAUAUUGAUGAACACGGGACUUCAAAGAUGGUAAAAUAUAAGGGGAAAAUGUUUGAGUAAAUGCUAUUAUUGUUUUAUAUACAUAUACAAAAAAGGAAAUUCAUUAUACGUAAUUGAUUAUCCUUACUGUUUGUAACAUAUUAAUUCAAUAAUUAUUAAAUCAAUAAAUCACUUUAUACAAAUUUGUACAGUUAAAAAGGCUAAUAAUCUUCUUCAUCCAACGUGUAAGAAAACAACUCUAGUGCAGAAUGUCCACUUUGCCUGCAAACUUCCGAACUUCUGAAUUCCGGAAAUUUCUAAAUACCGAACUUUUAGAUUGGUCCGGAUGUCGUUCGGUUUUCGGAAGUUACACUGUACUUGAUCAGGAAUGACUGUUGCAGCUUUUUGGGGAAAGUUUCAAUGUAAUAAUACGAAGAAAGUUUUGUAAAUGACAAAGUGGUCGAAUUUAUCAUCAGUCAAUGUUCAUAAAGUCCCCAUUUUACAAACCCCUUUCAGGGCCUCACUUCGUGUGAGUUUGCUUACUAAAUAUAAAAUUUGAAUUAUGUAAAGUUUCCAGCAAAUGUUAAGCUUUAUUUUGAUACCAACCGUUGAUUUCAGUUUGCAAAAAUAAAAAAGUUACAGGUAAAAAACCUCAUUUUCUGUUCGGGUUUAUCAUCAGUACCAGUACUUAUUUUUUUUCAAAAUGCUUAAAAAUGUUUUGUUUUUUUAAGACUUGUUUUGGAAGAAAAUUGAUCAUUAAUUAAACAAGACAAAGAGAUUAAAUAUAAUUUUAAAAGGGCAUAGCCAGAGUGAACAAUUUUAUGUGGCUUAUAUGCAAAAUAGGUCAGAUAUCUUGGUCCCUAUAAAUAGGUUAACUUGAGAUCACCAUUAGCAUGUAUCAUUUACAAUAAACAUGAUUUGUUAUCAUAAAAUAUGUCUUAUUGCACUGUUGCAAUUUGAUAUACAGUUUAGUUCACGAUUAUACUGCAUAUUUUCGGGCACGAGUCGAUUUCAUCAAUAAGUUUACAGUUUUUACAAACAGCAUUUUACGCAUCUGAAUAUACCUCCAAUAAAAAAUGACGUACUUGCGAUGAAGUGGUUAGGAUGAUGAAGAAGCAAGAAAAACAGCUCUAUCUUUGUGAUAUCUUGAAAUGUGAUUAUCUAACUAUAGAAACUGUUCUUGUGAUUUUGAUGUUGUAUUGUUUAAAUCUAUGGCAGAAGUAUUUGCAUUGCUGAUUUGUUUUACUGCGGAAAAAAAUGGUACAAUGUUUGUUUUUUUUUAAACCUAUUUAUGUCGAAACUUUGUAGCAAGUUGAAUAUUUUAAAUUCUAUGUGGUAGGAUGGAAGCUUUACAGAUGCCAAAACGUGAAAGGGAGUAAUGAUCGAUGAAUAAAAUGAAAAGAAAAACCUUCAAAACAAUGGCAUUUCUGUUUUCUGUUUCAAAUUAUUUUCUUCCUUUUCCCACACCACUGCUUUAUAGAUGUAUAGUUAUUUGAAAUGCUGUUUUUUGUAUGCUUGUAUUAUGUAUCUAAAUUCACUUAUUUUAUUAUCAAUUUUAAAGCCAUGUUGAAAUGCAUGAAAGAUAUAUCUCAUAAUGGGUUUAAAGCUACAUGUUCACAGAUUAAGCGAAAAAUUUGAAUAUCUUGGCUUGCGGUUUACAGAAAGGCAUUUGCAUUUAGAGAUUACAAAGGAAGUGAGAACCAGUCUCCAGGUUAUAGAAUUGAGUUUGGAGACCAGUCUGAGUAUGCUAGUUUGCCUUUGGUCAAUUUCAAAAAUGUUUUCAGAAACAGCCAAUCAAGUAUUUGGCAUCAUUUCAAAAGCUCCUCACGUUUUAAUCAUUUUAAAUUAUUGUUAUAUUCUAACACGAUAUGCAGCAAUUGCUAUAGAAACAUACAGCGAAAUCGCCUAUAUAUGAAUCUACGAUAAAAUAUGGUUGGCUGUUACAUUUCACCCCCUACGAUUGUGACAUAAGAAAUUAUACUUCCAUUCCAUUACAUACAAAUUAUUUCAGGGCCAAAUGGUUGAAAACAACAUUUCAAAAACAUAAUUAUGAUAAAAAGUCAUACUGACUUAUGUGUAGGACCGUAAAAGACGUUUUGAUCCCUAGGAGCGAAUCCAAUUAGCUCAAUUAUGAUUCAGCGGUGACGUCAUAAAUGUAUGACAUACAGUAUGACGUCAUAAUGAUGUGACGUCAUAUAAAAGUUAUGCUUGCAACUCGUAACACAAUGUCAACUUACCUAAUUUGUUUAUUCUGUUGAUAAAUAAUUUGCGAGCUGUUAGAUGACUAGUUUAUGAAUACUUCUCAAAAUUCUAAUCAAAAAGGAACAAGUUUCUAUACGUUCUAUUGGCUAUGCAACACUUUUUAACCAUGGGAGUAAAUUGUAACUGCAUAUGAUCCGAAUGACAUAUUACGCUGAAAAUGUAGUACUGUAAAAUACGAAUUAUUUGCGUUGUUAGAAUCAAAAUAAUAAAUCUGUUCCAAUAAUUUUAUCAGUUAAUAAAAUAUGAGCAGUCCUUCGGAUGCAAAUAAUUAAACCACUCGUGCUAUGCACUGGUGAUUUAAUUAUUACGCAUUCAAACUUCUGCCCAUAUUUUAUUAACUGAUAAAAUAUAGGAACAGAUUUUUUAUUUCUUAAAUAAUCUGCUGGAAUACAGAGCAAAAAUUGAUUUAUCAUUUCAUUGAAGUCUGUUCCAAAGGCAGCAGCAUUUACAAAAACAAAUAUGGUACUAACUCAUUUCAAAAGGUCUUCAAAUUAACCCCCUAAAUGUGAACAUAUUGUUUUAAUUUCAUCACAUUCACUCACUUGUCAGUUAGUCAGUCAGUCAUUCACUCAGUCUCACUGAUGAUAUCUUAAUUCUCUUUACUGAUACACUGAUGUAGAACCUUGGGAAUGAAUAACCAUUUUCUGCAGUAUGACCAAUGUUAUAAUAGGUCCUUUCGGACAUUCAUUAAAACAUUGUUUGCUUGAAGUGUCAAAACAGGUGAACUAGAUGCUAGAAUAUUCUUCAUUUCAAGAGAUCUAAACAAAUAAUAUGCAAGAAAAACUGUUUGAGACCACAUGAAUUGUUCGACUCAGUUCAGCAUUUUUAGGGUGUAGCUACAGAAUUUUAUCUUAGCACAAUUGCUUACCGAUUCUGACAGAUUUUCUAUGUUCGUGUUCUUUAAGGACAUUGAAAUUAGAAAGAAAGAAAUAUAAAGGGUGUGUAGUAAAUUCGUUCCUAUUCGUUUUGUUACCCUAAUAAACUGAAACAUGUGUAAAUGGAUUUUGUUGCACGUCCUGUAUUGUUACUGUAAAACCUGUUUAGUAUACAAGAAUGUCAUCAAAUGCAAUUUGGCAUAUAGACCGUAAGCUAGAUUUCACAUUUAAAAAGUGUGCCAAGUUUGGAUAAUGCCAUUUCGGAUAAAAUCAAGCUGUUGAAUAUUUUACAGGCUAACUUUUCCAUUUUGCAACUAAUAUUGAUUGAACGUUUUCAUUUUCUGAUGAACAUAUCUAUAAGCUACUUUAGCCAGAACCAUGAAUUUAUUUAAGUGACCACCAGUACAUGUAAACUGUAUAAUUAAGUGGAUGGGGGCAGUAAAAAUAUUUGCCUUUUAGAAAUUGAGUGAUACAAAGAAUCCAGUUUGUCCUGAAAUUAUAAUAUUUUUAUUCAGUUUUCUAAAACUGAUAUGCGUUCUUGUUUGAAUGUUUAAAUUACAGCGGCACUUGAAAACUCAUUUGAAAAUGAAGCCUAUGGUGAAAAUAGGAACGAACUUUUAACACACCCUUAAGCUUAAUACCAAGUUUGAAAGAUUUGUAAAACUAAAUGGCAGUCAUAUAUACAUAAAUAAAUGAACUUCAUUUACUUUGUUUCAUUGUAUCAUCACCAAAAUAUACAUAUAGUAUUUAUAUAAUAAAUUUGCAUGCUUUAUAACUAAAAUAUAUUCUGUUAGACAGUGGAAGAGCAUUACCGUAAAAUCCUGCAAAUAAACAAAUACAUGAAAAUAUGCAGAGCGCAUGGAAGAUCAGUUGAUACAUUCAUUCUUUCAGUUGUAUAAUUUAUUAUACCACUUGAAGCACACAAUUUCUGCAGUAUGUAUAGCUGUCGAGCAUUUACCCGUGUAAAUAUGAAGUGAUUUUACGGUAAUGUUCAAAAAGCUUCAGUAUUUGAAUGUACAUGUAUCGUUCUAAUUGUGUAAUUAAAGUCAGACUGCAUUCAGUUAUACGUGUACAUUUUAUUCUCAGUCAUUUUGCAUUAGUAAUUUAUUGUUAGCAGGGUUUAAUAUACUAGCGUACAAAUCUUGUUCUUUUAUUAUUUCAAUUUGCAAAAAUAAAUCAGUACUUAGAUAAAAUUA